AAAGAACAGGGGAAAGCGGAAAAGAAGCGCAGAAAUCCCAUCAGUUUUGGUGUGCGAUAGAAAGGAUGUAGCCCAGGUCUGUGGCUGCCUGUCCCCGGAAUGGGAAAGUGGAUUACGGCUCUUCUACAAGACGGUAGAGACUGGAUACGGAGUGAUUGCGCGUGGAUUUUUAUCACGAGAAGUAUGGGAUCGGAACGCACCAGUUUAAAGCCCUUGCUGGGAGUGAAUGAGAUGCCGUGUCGAGGCUAGAGGCAGCGGUGGACUGUUCCCGAGUCAGUGGAAAGCCCCUCUAGAUGAGCCAGUCACAGCCCCCCAGCUGCACGGUAAAGGAAUAAGGAUUUAAUAUGUCAACAGAGGCCGAGCUCCAGCCUGCUGCCAGACCCAGCGUCAGAAAGGACUCCAAGAAGAGAGGGCAGGACCGCAGUGAAGCAGCUCUGAUAAAGCGUUUUAAGGGGGAUGGAGUUCGCUACAAGGCCAAGCUCAUUGGGAUAGAUGAGGUCACUGCUGCAAGAGGAGACAAACUCUGUCAGGACUCAAUGAUGAAACUCAAGGGAAUCGCAGCCUCUGCGCGGUCUAAAGGAGAACACAAACAGAAAGUUUUUCUCACCGUGUCCUUCGGAGGGAUCAAGAUCUUCGAUGAGAAGUCAGGGGUUCUUCAGCACCACCAUGCAGUUCAUGAGAUUUCCUACAUUGCAAAAGAUAUUACGGACCACCGAGCCUUUGGUUAUGUGUGUGGGAAAGAGGGAAACCAUCGAUUUGUGGCCAUCAAAACGGCUCAGUCUGCUGAGCCCGUGAUCCUUGACCUCCGUGACCUUUUCCAGUUGAUUUAUGAGAUUAAACAGAGGGAGGAAAUCGAGAAGAAAGCUCAGAAGGACAAGCAGUGCGAACAAGCUGUUUAUCAGACCAUUUUGGAGGACGAUGUGGAGGAUCCUGUGUAUCAGUACAUUGUAUUUGAGGCGGGACACGAGCCCAUCCGUGACCAAUCAGAGGAGAGCAUAUAUCAGGUCCCUACCAGCCAACAAAAGGAGGGAGUUUAUGACGUCCCAAAGCGACAUCCAAACAAACAUUACGAACAAGUCAAUCUCUUGGAUCUAGACACUGACCUGUUGCUGGUCAACCAGAAUAUCAACCAGUUAGAGCUCUUUGGAGACAUGUCCACCCCUCCUGAUAUCACGUCCCCCUCGACCCCAGCAUCUCCAGCUAAUACUCUGGACCCCUCGCUGGCCCACCAGACUCCAUCCGAACUGUUCACCCCCUUCAACCCAGCCUCUGUACCCUCAGGUUAUGUGACAAUGGGAGCCGUGCCACCUGCAUGGGCGCAGCAACAGUUCGCCGCUCAGGCUCCAUUAGCGUUUGGCGUCCAGUCCCCAGUGCAAGUCACACAGGUCUUACCAGGUGCUCAGCCUCUGAUCUGGGGACAAGCUAACCUUUUCCCUGCCACCCAGCAACAGUGGGCCGCAAUGGCAGGGGCUCACUUUUCGCCUGCCGCUUUCAUGCCUGCCCAGACAGUAGGGCCACUUCCUGCUGCCAUGUUUCAGACACUGGCUCCCAUGGCGGUGUCCUGUGAGACCCCCAUGGCAGCUAUGGGUGGAGCCGUGGCAGGAACCUCGGCCUCCACUGUCUCUAGUCCGCAGCAUGGAGAACGCACACUGCAGAGACAGGCAAAAAUGAGCAAGGAGAUGUUUAAGGACUUCCAGAUGGCAAAGCCGCCCACCAUGCCUGCCAGGAAAAGCGAGCAGCCUAGCCUGUCUUGCACCACAGACGCAUUCUCCAGCUACUUCAGCAAAGUGGGAAUGGCACAAGACACGGACGACUGCGACGACUUCGACAUCUCGCAGAUGAACCUCACGCCUGUCACUUCCACCACGCCCUCCACCAACUCACCACCCACCCCGGCCCCCCGGCAGAGUUCUCCAUCAAAGUCCUCAUCCCACGCCAGUGACCCACCCACCGAUGACUCUUUUGGUGAGGCAGAGGGCAGCCCUAGUCGGAGCGGAGAGGAGGAUGCUGCUGGAGACUCCCAGCAGUCUCCGGGUGCGAGUGAGCCUCAAGCAGAGCCUGAGAGCUCAGAGACGGACAGUCCUCAGGUCGGUAGCUAGAUAGCGGCAGGUCAGGGGGAAGGAUCCUCUUUAUGCCCAGAUCAACAAGGGGAAGAAGUGAAGGAUCAUGGGAACUCUGCACAGACGUGAUCAGCGCUGGGAGAAGCAGGAGAUCAACCAUUUGCCCUGUGUGUGUGUGUGUGUGUGUGUGUGUGCAUCCAUCCGUGUGUAUGCGUAUCAGACAGAGAGCGCGUGUGCGCCUGUAUGUGUCUGUGUGAUAGUGGUCGCUCCAGCCUCAACGGUCCACUUCUCCAAGCAGCCAUCUCACUAGAGUCCGUCCCGUCCCCCUCACAACUUCCUCCGUCACUCCCCUCUGCAAGGAACAAGAGGGACAGACUCUCUCCACACCACUUUGUUUCUUUCUCACUGUUUUCUGCACAUGACCUCGGGGCAUUGUGGGUGAUUUCAAGCCUUAUGAACCCAGCUCUGCAGCUUCAUUCAUUCUCUUCGUCCUGCUUCCAGCUUCGGACUCUCUAUAGAGAACGCAUUACGUCAAACUCUUUGGAGAGGUGCCUGUCAGACCCCCGAUCACACAUCCGACCGAGCGCCUGAGCGCCAUCAGACCACCGGAUCCAUCUGUGACUUAUGAGAUUCAUCCAUUUGGGUUGGUUUGGUUUUCCUGUCCCACAUAUUUGAGAUUCUGCUGCUAGCAAGCUAUGCAGAGCUAAAAAAAACAACAACAAAAUGACACAUUUUCUUUCUCCAUGGACCCUUUGGACGGAGAACAGAAGAGUGACUUUUGCCAAAUCUAAGAGUUUGGAGCAGCUGAAUCGAAUUGGGGAACUCGAGGGUACGAACAUUGCAAACACAUGCGAUCAAACUGUUCCUUCUCUAUAGCUUUUGUACUAUACUAAUGAGAAAAAAAAAAACUAAAACAUGGAUUGAAAUGGAAUUUUUAUUUUCUAAGUCAAGUGGAGCCCCUUGAAGUCAACUUUAGAAGUGUUUUAGGGGUAAACAUGGCUUUAAAAAUCUUAUCCUUGGUUUGCCAAACUGAUUUUGUAAAUACUAAUCAUUAUUAUUAUUGAUAAUAAUAAUGACAGUGCCGAUGAUGACCACAAAUAAUGAUGAUAAUACUAAUGGUUCCAAUUAUAACGGUGUUAAUUCCAUCCUGUGGACUUCCGUGCCAUAAAAUAGGCUGGCCUUAGUGAUGCAAACUCCUCAUGAAACCCAAGCAAUAUUAACGUGUGUCCCAAACUCCCUUUCUCGCGAUCAAAGCGUGUCGUCUGUCUUUUGAUUUCAGCAGGAUGUGUGUUUUUAAGUGGCCUGAAACAAACCCGAGAGACUGUUAUUAUGUUUUUAACGUCAUAUCUGUGUGAUAUCUUUUGGUUUGUUGUCAAGACGAAGCUGGUUACAGCGAUAGAGGAAGACCUGAGCUUCUCAUCGUGUAUGUUAAUGCAGCAAUCACGAGUAUGGAUGUACAUGAUCGCACAGACAUACAUCUUCAUGCAGACACACAUUCACAGAGACUUUAAAGUCAAUAUGACAUCAAAAUGGGCCGUUUACUUUUUUAAUACACUUUUCUGCACAUUUAUAAGUGCAUGUUAGUCCAAAGAGAAAAAUAAAAAAAGUGUUAAAUUUCCAUUUUGAUUGACAUAAUUAAGCUCAAACAUGCAGCUUUUUAAUAAUCCUGACAUUAAAACCGGUUGACUAGAUUUGAAAAACAUCACAAAUGGCUCCAAUCUGACAUGUAAUGCGUCACAAUUCACUCAAUUCCCAAUGUGAAGUCCUGCCUUGUUGCAUCAUGUUGAAUAUCCUGUUUUACUGAGAAAAAUGUCACAACCCGAAAUGGGUUGCGAAGGCCAUUUCAUGUCGACUUUGGGCCGUCUGAUCGCAUUAAAACACACCAGAAUAACUGUCUGUAAUCCAACCUCCAAUCAGAGAAAAUCACCAUGAAUGACAUCUGUUUUCAUUGCAUCUGAAAAGCUCAGAGCAUUCCAUUACUGUGACGACAUCUUCCUCCUAUUUUAUGGCCAGAGUCCCAUUUUAAUUUCAAAUAAAAGCAGUUUGGGAUCUUCAGGAUUAAAAUUUUGAGGAUUAAGAUGAUGAGGGUGAAAGUCAAGGUGAAUGGGGGUCCUUACAAUUUCAGUACAUUUCUAUUUUGCCUUUACCUCAGCUAAUGGUUUGGUAAUGUAAAAGGACACGUUAUUUUUUAUCUUAAUGAUAAUGACAUUCUACAGUGGAUUUUUAGAGCUUUUUUUUGUUUCUUCUUUUCUCUUGAUUUAUGUAACCCACCAUGUAAUACUGUUACCAAUAAACACAUCCCAAAAUGUU